AUGAAGAACCUGGAUACCAACAGAUGGACAAAUCCUGUGUCUUCCUCUCCAUUCAGAAGCUGCAAAGAAAUCAAGCAGAAGAUGACUGGAGCACAAGAUGGCCUCUAUUUCCUCCGCACGAAGAAUGGUGUCAUCUACCAGACCUUCUGUGACAUGACCACUGCAGGUGGUGGCUGGACCCUGGUGGCCAGUGUGCAUGAGAACAACAUGGGUGGGAAGUGCACGGUGGGUGAUCGCUGGUCCAGUCAGCAAGGCAACAGAAAAGACUACCCACGGGGAGAUGGCAACUGGGCCAACUACAACACCUUUGGGUCUGCAGAGGGGGCCACAAGUGAUGACUACAAGAACCCUGGCUACUUCGACAUCCAGGCUGAGAACCUGGGUAUCUGGCAUGUGCCCAACAAUAGCCCUCUGAAAAAUUGGAGGAACAGUUCCCUGCUGAGGUACCACACCUCCACUGGCUUCCUGCAGCACCUGGGCCGUAAUCUGUUUGGCCUGUACAAGAAGUACCCGGUGAAAUAUGGAGCAGGGAAGUGUUGGACUGACAAUGGCCCAGCAAUACCUGUGGUCUAUGACUAUGGUGAUGCUCAGAAGACAGCCUCUUAUUACUCCCCCUUUGGCCAGAGUGAAUUCACUGCAGGAUACAUCCAAUUCAGAGUGUUUAAUAAUGAGAGAGCAGCCAAUGCCUUGUGUGCUGGGAUGAGGGUCACUGGAUGUAACACUGAGCAUAACUGCAUUGGUGGAGGAGGAUUCUUCCCAGAAGGUGACCCUCGGCAGUGUGGAGACUUCUCUGCAUUUGAUUGGGAUGGAUAUGGAACUCACAAGGGGGCCAGCAACAGCAGGAAGAUAACUGAAGCAGCUGUGCUUCUGUUCUACCGUUAA